AUGUCUAAUUACUUAGCUGGAGGAAAAGUGAACAUUAAUCUACUUCAAGAGAAUGCAUCUAAAGACUUAAUUUGCCUAUUGGAUAAAUGUGAUGGCCCUAAGGUUAUAAUUUUGGAUGAAGGUCUCACUAGACCUAUUGGUUUAAUAGCUACGUAUAGUUUGUUAAGAGAACAUGAUGUUAAAGAAGUAUUUAUACUUAGCUAUGGCAAGUUGAAUAAUUUCAGGGAAAAGGUGAAAAAUGUCAUAUUUAUUACCAGGCCAUUUCUACCACAUAUGGAUAUGAUAUGUGAAAAUAUUCACAAAGAAAGUCGAGAAGAUCUUACACAUAGAGAAUAUCAUUUAUUUUUUGUUCCUACACGUAGUUUAUUAUGUGAAAAACGUUUAGAAAGAAAAGGAGUUUUUGGAAAUUUUGUUCUUAUUGAAGAAUUCCGUUGUCUUUUAUUCCCUCUGGAAAAUGAUCUUAUGUCAAUGGAAAUGAAUGAUUGUUACAAGGAAUUAUCGUUAGAAAAUGAUCCUACAUGUUUAUAUCGUGUAGCUCAAUCAAUUGUUAUGCUAGAAGACCUUUAUGGCCGUAUUGGACGAGUAACUGGUAAAGGUCAUGUAGUUAAACAAGUUUGGGAUUUAGUAUCUAAAAUAUCUUUAGAACCUCGUAAACCAAACUCUAAAGCUAAUAGAAAUUAUAUAACUAUUGACCAUCUUGUUCUAAUUGACCGCUCUGUGGACUUAAUGACACCAAUGGCCACUCAAUUAACAUUUGAAGGAUUAAUUGAUGAGCUUUUUGGAAUUGAUUGCUGUACUGUAGAAUUACCAGCAAACAAAUUUGUUUCUGAUGAAGAAAAUGUCAAUACAUUGACACAUAAGAAAAUUGUAUUAAAUUCAAAUGAUGAGAUUUUUGCUGAAACUAGAAAUAAACAUUUCAAUGCAGUAUUGAUGAAUUUGAGUAAAAGAGCCAAAAAUAUUACGUCUGAAUAUGAUGAAACUCGCAGUGGUAAAACUGUGCAAGAGAUGAAACAGUUAGUGUCAAGACUUCCAUACAUGAUGGCACUAAAAAAACAACUUUCUACAUAUACCACAAUUGCUGGACUAAUUAAAGAAUUGACAGACAAAACCAGUUUUCGUGAUUUAAUUAACCUACAACAAGAACUGAUUUUGGGUAUUGAUUCAGAUAAAGUAUUACCUUCAAUAGAAGAUUUGAUAUCCAACAAAUGUGAUCUUAUAAUAGUGUUAAGAUUAAUAUGUAUGCAGUCUGUUGUAAAUUCUGGAUUAAAACAAAAAGUUCUGGAAUACUACAAGAGAGAAAUCAUUCAGACUUAUGGCUUUAAACACCUUAUUACUAUCACUCUUUUGGAAAACGCUGGUCUCAUAAAAUUACAAACAAGUUCAAGAUGCUAUGCUGUCUGCCGCAGAUUAUUGAAAUUGGAUGUAUAUGAAAUGAGUGAAGUUGAUCCGGAUGAUAUUAACUAUGUUUAUGGUAUUUAUGCUCCACUUAGUGUUCGAUUGAUUCAUCACAUUUCUAAAUCAGAUAGUAAAGUAUUGUCUGAUGUUCUACCAUUAUUACCUGGACCCAUUGUAGAACAUGUAAACUACAAUACAGAUCAAACAUCCAGUAUGAACUUUUUAGUAGACUCUCAAAAAGUUGUACUAGUAUUCUUUAUAGGAGGUUGUACAUUUGCUGAAAUAUCAGCUCUUAGGUUUUUGUCAUCGCUUGAAGAUUCUACAGUUGAAUAUGUAAUUUCUACUACCAAUAUUAUCAAUGGCAAUAGUUUUCUCAAGUCAUUAUUAAUUCCUGAAAUAAACAAGACCUUAUGUAAUAAGUAAAGUAUUUGAUUUUAUACUCAAACUUAAACAUUCAUAUUACAUAUUAUAUAUUAUGAUUAUACAAUGAUUAAUU